AUGAAAGAACUCCAACCAUGGAUGAAGCACCACCCAGUAAAGCCAGUGCUGGAGUGGAGUGUGGAAGACAGAGUGAGAUCGUUGGUCUGAUACAGAGGAUCCUGGGAGAGUGUUUGUCAGUAGUCACCCAGGUGGAGCAGGCAUUGAGUGAGCGACAGACAAUGUGGGGGGCGGGCAAACUCCGGCCCAGACAGGAAGACAGUCUGAGAAAACUCAUCAACAGUUGUCCUUGUAUCCACAUGUCGGUACAUUUUGUGGUGUUUGUGGCCCUGUGGCAGCUAUACACCCUGGAUGUGACAGUUACCAAUCAGGACAGCAGACUCCGAGUCAGGUUUUUAAAAGGAGUGCUACAAUACAUGGAGAAGCUAAGAGGCCUCACUAGUGUUGAAAAGAGUAAAUGGAUAGAGGCCAAAGAACUAGGCAUUGUCCUCAUUGACAAAGUCAAACAAUACAUAGCUAAGUCCUGACAUAGCCAUUGGUUAAAGACUUUUAUCUAGUCAUGAGGAGGUGGACCAAAGCUGAAGAGCCCUUACCUUGUUAUAAAUAAAUAAACUUUACAUACCGGGUACAAUAAAACAGUACUAGAAAAAGUUGACCAGUACACAAUCUGGAUAGUAGGUAUUGCAGCACAAACACCUGGGCCAAUUGUUCAAAGUAUAGUUAGUUUAACCGGUAAGUAACACAAAGUUUGAUUUUGUGUUUCUUUAAAACACAACCAAUAAGUGAGUUAAAACUUGCAGAUAGCAAAUAUUUCAGUUCACUAAAAUUACAUGCAAAACUACG